AUGGACAAUAGUCAAGUCGCCGGUACCGACAAAAAUGUCAAUACUUCGCGGCCCAGCAUCUACUUGGGUCAACCAUACCAUCAAAGCCAAUCCAUCUUCUUCCGCCUUCCCCUGGAAAUUCGACUCAUGGUCUACAGAGAGCUGGUACGUGACUGCGAGGCACUACACCAUGUUAGACCAGGUCAUGACAAUACAUUCACGGCACUGCCAUGCCUCGCGGGCGACAUAAAUUCAUCAAACCAGUACCAUAAUUCUGACGUCUGUGCACAACUUGCAGACGGCGGCGAAGAACAACAGGCCGGCACUUCAAAAUCUCUGGGAUUGCCACGAUGUUUCUAUGCAUGUCGCUCCAUGCUAAUUGAGACAGAGGGCCUUGGUUAUGCGUCACUGAGCUUUGGUGCGGAGGAAAGCGUUCUCAAAUUUCUUGAUCGCGCACCAUACUCUGUCUUAUGCAGCUUGAAUACGAUAAGGCUCACGUUGCCCCGCCAUUCCUAUGCUUGUUGGUGUAAGUAUAAGUCAGCGAAUGCCAACUUCAAACAUCUGGUUGCCAGUUUAGUGGACCUGCCAAAGAAGGUACGGCUGCUUAUGUGGUCAGACGCAACCACCUGCUGGGCCUUGGAUGAGAAGGACGCAGCCGCGCUCAAGCCAUUCCUAACCACGGGGUUGGAGCAGUUCCAAUUCGACAUACGUACCAGGAAGUUGUCGGAUUCUGGGGUUCCUAUUUAUUACUGGGAAACUUUGGAGCGUCAGACUGAGGUGGAAGUUUCAAAUCAUGACGAUCGUCAUGGGGCAUUCAAGAAUUGGAAGGUGGUCGACAAGGGUGAAAUUACUAUGCAGCAUUACUGGCGAGGUAGUUAG